GCUGAAAAAAUUAUUGAAGAGUUAUAUUCAUUCAUAACAAACAGUGAUAUAAAUGGGUUACUUGAUUAUUGGGAGUAUUUAAAUAUAAGAUAUUUUUCAAGAUUAGAUGCUAGAUAUUUUGGAAGUGUUAAGAAGUUUAAAAUAUCUCUUUUGAGAUAUUAUCUUGUAUAUGCAACACAACAAAGACGUAAAGAAAAAGUACUAGAAUUCUUUGACACGUUUGAAGCGAAUUUAAAUGGAAAUUCGGAGUGGUCUAAAUGGUUUGGACUGCCGUUUUCAAAAAACCCGGCAGCAGAUCCAUAUUUUGAACCAUUUUUUACAAAACAAUGGUUAGAGACAUUUACAGCGUCGUUACAUAAUUUCCUAAAUACUAUAUUUCAAAAUAUGCAUCGAUUUCAAAGACGCGCAUUAGAAACUGAGAUUCAAUCUUUACAUAAUGUGAUAGUUGAUCUUAAAGCUAAAAUAGAGCAUUAUGAUGCCGAAAUUGCGAACUUACGGCAAGCGAAUGAAUGGUUUGAAUCAAACAUAAAUCAUUCUUCAAGAAGUCUUACACACCCGCAACUCAAUUAUAACGGAACAAAAUCACCAGAGACAUGCUCGGAUGGCCGAAGUAUGACGCCGGUAUCAGAAUAUGACUUGGUUGAUGCACAAAAGCUGUUGAGUGAAGAUAUAAAUCCGUAUACUAAUACGAGUCAGGAAUCAUAUCUAGAACAGAUUGGAACACCAAUGAUGGGAACCUCAACAAUAAACCCCAAUUGCCUUGUGCCACCCAAGAAAUCUUGUCAAAUAAAGAUAACUUUCAAUGCAGAUACUUUACGUGCCCUUAACUGGUCUUUUAUUCCUCAACAACGUGAGGUGCGUGUUUUACCAGGAGAGACUGUGCUGGCAUUUUAUACUGCAAAGAAUGUAUCGAACCAUGAUAUUAUUGGUAUAGCAACAUAUAAUGUAAUAUCAUCCAAGGUGGCACCAUACUUUAAUAAAAUACAAUGUUUUUGUUUUGAAGAGCAGAUGUUAGGAGCUGGAGAACAAGUGGAUAUUUUUUAUUGA